CUCUGCGGGCGACAUUUCACAGAAAAUCAGUCGAAUGUGGAAAAAAGAAAAACAAAAUCCACCUCAGGUGUGAAGAACCAGAUCAUUUUCUGCACAUUAACUUUAGUUUGUUCAGUGAAGCCAUGAUAAACGAUUUGACGUCCAUAUUCUGAAUCUGUCAGAGUUACGGGUCCCUGCAGGGUUCAGAUCUCCCUAUCCAGAGUUCAGGAGAUCCUGAAAAAUACAUUUCAGCUCUCAGCUAAAGCAGCCCGAGAGGCACAGCCUGAAGCUGCAGUCUGCGGUUCACAAAGACCCUUUCACCUGCUCUCACCUGUUCAGAGCACACACCCAUAGACAUAUAUGCCUAGACGCCGCAUUGAGCGCUGACUCGUACGUCAACGUCGCUGCCAUAUUGGAGGUGGCAAAAGCGGCCAACAUAACUUGAGAGAGAUGCUGCACUCUGGUGCUGUGUGGAGUUUUGGAACCAUUUCACAGUCAAAACGGGAUCACAUGGGAUCACCUUUCACAGACCCCCCACAGCAGCAUGUCAGUAAGGAGGGGGAGGUUCUCACUGAGCAGCAGCUCUGGAACCAGGAGAGGAGCUCCAGUCUGGACCAGGAGGAAACAGAACCUCCACAGAUUAAAGAGGAAGAGGAGGAGCUGUCUAGUAAUCAGGAGGGAGAGCUGCUUGCACUGAAGGAGGAGAGUGAUACCUUUAUGGUGACUGCUGCUGAGGAAAGAGACCACAGUGAACCACCACCAGAUAGGGAGCAGCUCCUCUCUCACAGCUCUCCUGAAAUUGAGAGCAGAGAUCUGGAAGAGACCAUGUACAAAGACUCAGAAUCAACUGGAAUUGCAGCGCAAAUGCCAAAUGAGAAACCAUAUGUUUGUGAAAUAUGUGGGAAAAGGUUUCGUCAAAAUAAUCAUUUGUCUGUCCACAUAAGAACUCACACAGGGGAGAAGCCACAUCCCUGUGAAACAUGCGGGAAGAGUUUCAGUCAGCUUAGUAAUUUAUAUCGCCACAGGAGAACUCACACAGGGGAGAAGACGUAUUUUUGUCGAACAUGUGGGAAAAGUUUCAGUCGACACGACAGUUUGUCAGUCCACAUCAGAACUCACACGGGUGAGAAGCCGUAUUCCUGUGAAAUUUGUAGGAAGAGCUUCAGUACAAAUUCUAAUUUUUCUAUCCACAUGAGAAUUCACAGAGGUGAGAAGCUGUAUUUAUGCCAGAUGUGUGGGAAAAGUUUCAGUCACAGCUCUAAUCUGUUGGUGCACAUGAGAACUCACAGAGAUGAGAAGAUGAAGUCAAGUAACACAAGUGGGGGAAAAAUCAUGUGACAGAAAAAACCCCACAAGAACAUUUAAUUAAAAUGAAAGCUUUCAGAUUUCAGGUGCUUUAGCCCCUCCUUUUGCAACGAAUGUCUGAGAAGUUUUCCAAGUGUUUCACCAUCAGUAUACUGUGAAUAAUCUCUGUAAUUAUAUGUGU